ACAAUAGAUGAUAAGCUAAAAAACUCAUCACGACAUUCCACUUCUCUUCGACCCUAAAACAUUUUCAUGUCUUAAAGGAUCCUCCUCCCUCCCCCCUCUCUCUCUGUCUGCAACCAAACAACUCUUUCAGAAAACAUCCAAAAAAAAAUGGCAAUUAAUUAGUUUAUCUAUCAAAGCCUGGAGGUUCAGAAGGGUUUGUUGGUGAUGCUGAUAAUGGGGGAGUUCAGGGUACAUUUUGGGUAGAGCUGAGUAUAAUUUCAGAAGGUGAUGGGUUCGAGUAGUAGCAAAAAUGUUGUCGGAUCUUCAUCUUCAUUCCCGUCCUCAACCAAUGGUCGUCGAAAGAAUCAACUGAUUGGAACUACGGUUUCCAAGUGUUCAUGUCUCGGUGGUCUAUCAUCUGGAUCUUAUGAAACUGAUGCUAGUGAAGAUGAGGUUUCUAAUGAGCGCAACAAGGCAAGUAGGCGACUGAGUGGUGAAACCCUAAGUGUAGAGCAAAAUAGAGCAGAAUCAAUCCAAGUGAAGCGUGGAAAGGUUAAAGUUUUAGAAGAUUCUAGUGAAGUACCUUCGAUAUCUAUUGAAAGUGAGCUUGAUGAUGAGUGGGGCCAAGUUAAUGAUAUUGCACGAACUUCUUCUGUAGCUGAUGGCAGCUCUUCUCAAGUUGCUUCAAGUCGUUCACGUUCACGCUUUAGUUUCUUUCCUGGUAAUAUAAGUUUCAGGCUGAGUAGAGCAGCCAGCUUAGGGUCAUCAAGGGCUUAUUCUCUUUUCCCUAAUGGUUUCACAGGUUCAAACGCUGAAGAAGGUUUUCCUGUACAUACUGAUUCCACCAUUAGUUCGAUUAACAGAAAUGAAGUCCAUCAAGAGACCCAAUUGCUUUCUGAAUGCAGUAUUAGUAGAUUACCUGCUGCGCAGGUUGACAGUGUAUUACAAGUAGAUUCUUUGGUUCCAAGGCUUCCCGUUCAUUUACAGGAUGUUGAAAUCAUUUCCGCUCGAGAUAUGGCUCGAAAUAAUGAGAAUACUGGGUCUGGUGUAAGUGGGAAUCUGUUGAGGAAUAUUACAGAUGUAGAAAGCAUCGAAUCAAGACGUCCGGAUAGACGGAUUAGAUCACGAGAACCUGUUGAGAGGAGUGUUCGGUUUAGCCGAACCCUGAGUGUUGGCAGACUGCGAGACAGGGUUCUUCGAAGAUCUUCAUUUUCGGAUGCAUUGUUUGGUCGGCUUCAAGAAGACAGAGAUGUUAGAGAUUCUAGUCAAGAUAACGGAGCACAAGCCUGGACUGGCAUUACAAGACCCUUGGGUUCUAAUGGGACUGCUGAAUCCACACAAGCUUCAUCUAGUUAUCCUCCUAAUGAAUUGAACUCUAUCUACAAUAGUCAAGGUUAUGAUGUCGACGCCUCACGAACCAGAGAAGAUAGGUAUCACGAAAUAAUGGAGCGUAGAACAGAUUUUCUGGAGAGGAGAAGAAGAAUUAGAUCUCAGGUCCGCGCACUUCAGAGGUUGGGUAGUCGCUUCGAGAACUUGUCUGGGCAUGAAAGGUCAUGUAUAUUGUCUGGCCAGCAUAGAACUGGCCUUUGCACAUGCCGAACGAUUAACAGGACCAACACCAACCCAGAUGAUGACUCAAGUGCUAGAGCUAGCAUAUCUAGAAUAGUUAUGUUAGCAGAAGCUUUAUUUGAGGUUCUGGAUGAAAUCCACCAGCAAUCUGUGGUUUUAUCCUCUCGGCCCUCUGUAUCUUCAAUUGGAUCUGUCCCAGCACCAAAAGAGGUGGUGGAAUCUAUGCCUGUAAAGAUAUAUGCGAAGUCACAGAAACAACAGAAUGAGGAUGCUGCACAAUGUUACAUAUGCCUUGUAGAGUAUGAGGAAGGAGAUUGCAUGCGAAUUUUGCCUUGUCAUCAUGAAUUCCACCAGACAUGUGUAGACAAAUGGCUGAAAGAGAUUCACAGACAUGUGUAGACAAAUGGCUGAAAGAGAUUCACAGGGUAUGUCCACUUUGCCGCGGGGAUGUCUGCAGAUCGGAAUCUUUUGCCGUAGACAACUGAGGUUAAAGCUUUGAUGAUGUGCUCAUUGCUCUCCCAUGACCCAAGCAUACCUUGUCAAGUGCUUGCAGAAGACGAAACUUUUGGUAGCCGUGAACUGUUGUAUGUUUGAGAAGAUUCAGAUAUUGAAGUUCGGUUUAUCAGUCCCGUAAGAAGAGUGUGUUCCCCUGAUAUUAGCCAGAAGCAAAUGCCGAUCCCAUGCAAAAACUGGUCCGAAACUCUUGGACGAAAAUUGCAUUUUUAGGAAGCCUAAAAUGCAGAGAAAUAGAGACUGGUCGGGUGACCCACAUUAUUGUUCACUUGUUCAUUUAAAAUACGGAAGUUAUGAAUAUAUAUAUACAUAGUAAUGCUCAGCUUGCAUAAUCAAAUCAGCAAUGGUGGUGUUAAAUGCUAGAAUUAUGUAUUGGAGAACUGUUGAUAGGCAUUCCUGUUAAAAAAAUUACAAUCAGAAACAAAAAUGGAUGAUUAAAAUUCUUUCGAGUGAUA